AUGCAGACGCGGGCACCGCAGCAGCCUGCCUCUCCCUCUCCAGCUCUUGCUCACGCAUCAGCCGAACCCUAUAGCGUGCCAGACCAGCUCUCAGCAGAGGCUAAACAUUUGCGGGAUUUCAGAAAAUACAAUCUUAAGUCAUUCGGUAGGUCUUUGGAAGACCCCAUCAAGGCUCAGAUGUGGUUGUCUUCUAUGGACACCAUAUUUCGGUAUAUGAAGUUUCCUGACAAUCAGAAGGUGCAAUGCACCGUAUUUAUGUUGACAAACAGAGGCACCGUCUGCGUAAAGUAUGCCAAACAGCAAGAGUUUCUGAACCUGGAGCAAGGUGAUAUGAUGGUGGAGCAGUACGAUGUAGAGUUUGGUAUGCUGUCUCGUUUUGCCCCUGAUGUGAUAAGAAAUGAGACUGCUAGGACUGAAAAGUUUGUUAGAGGCCUCAGACUAGAUAUCCAGUGGAAAGGGUCGACCUCAGAACAGAAGAGGAAGGCUGAGCAGCAUCCUAUUACAAUUCCACAAAGGAAUUCAAGAUCAGAUGGCGAUCUUCGUCGUUUUCAGCAGAAACCUUUUGAGGCAGUGCAAGUUGCCAGAGAGAAACCUUUAUGUACAACCUGUGGGAAGCACCAUCUGGGUCAUUGUUUGUUUGGGAAUAGGACUUGCUUCAAGUGUAAGCAAGAGGGGCAUACAACUGAUAGAUGUUCUAUUAGGCUUACUGGGAUUGCACAGAACCAGGGAGCGGGUACGCUUCCACUGUUGGGGCAUUAUGCCUUAGUUCUGUUUGAUUCUGGUUCAUCACAUUCCUUCUCUUCUGUAUUCGUAUCACAUGCAUGCUCAGAAGUAGAACCCCUAGAACAUGUUUUAUCUGUGUCUACUCCAUCUGAGGAAAGUAUGGAUUGGCUAGCUGCUAAUCAUGCUAGUAUAGAUUGUUCCCGUAGAGAAGUGCUGUUUAAUCCUCCUACAGGGACGAGUUUUAAGUUUAAAGGGGUAAGAACGGUAGCAUUACCCAAAGUGAUCUCAACUAUGAAAGCCAGCAAACUACUCAACGAGGACACUUGGAGUAUCUUGGCCAGUGUGGUGGAUACUAGAGAGGCUGAUUUUCUUUGUCAUCGAAACCUGUGGGAGAUUGAUUUUGCUAUCGAGCUAGAACUUGGUACUGUUCCUAUAUCUAAAGCUCCUUACAAAAUGGCCCUAGCAGAGUUGAAAGAGUUGAAAGUGCAGUUGCAGGAGUUGCUUGACAAAGGCUUCAUUCGACUGAAUGCGUCACCUUGGGGUGCACCAGUAUCUUUUCUGGGUCAUGUGGUUUCUAAAGAUGGUGUUUCUAUUGAUCCAACUAAGAUAGAAGUUGUUACCAGUUGGCCCCGACCUUCCACAGUUAAUGAAGUUUGUAGCUUUCUGGGUUUAGCGGGCUAUUACCAACGGUUUGUGGAGGAUUUUUCUCGUAUAGCUACUCCUCUCACUCAGUUGACCAGGAAAAGAGCUCCAUUUGUUUGGAUCAAAGCAUGUGAGGAUAGUUUUCAUAACCUUAAACAGAGGCUCGUUACUGCAUCAAUUCAUACCGUAGCUGAUGACUUACGAAAUCAGCACACUUUAUCCUGGGGAAAUCCACUUGUACUACUAUUUUGGAAGAGACUUCAUGCUACCAUGGGCAUGAGGUUAGAUUUCAGUACAACUUUUCACCCUCAGACUAAUGGUCAAAUUGAGCGUUUGAACCAAAUUUUAGAGGAUAUGUUGCGAGCUUGUGCAUUGGAGUUUCCAGGUAGUUCGGAUUCUCACUUGCAUUUGAUGGAGUUUUCUUAUAACAACAGUUUUCAGGCUACCAUUGGCAUGACACCGUUUAAGGCUUUGUAUGGAAAAUGUUGCAGAUCCCCUAUUUGUUGGGAUGAAGUUGGUGAGCAGAGAUUGAUGGGUCCUGAGUUAGUUCAGUCUACUAAUAAAGCAAUUCUGGAGCAAAUUGGCUUUGUGGCGUAUCGUUUAGCAUUGCCACCAUCCCUCUCUACAGUUCAUGACGUAUUCCAUGUUUCGAUGUUAAGAAAGUACGUGACAGAUCCAUCUCAUGUAGUGGAUUACAAGCUUUUAGAGAUGGAUGAAAAUUUGAGCUAUGCAGAACAACCAGUUGAGAUUUUGGCUAGAGAGGUUGGUUCGUUGGAUAGGUAUUGGUUAAGGAGCAUAGCUAAAUCUAAGGUAAGGGCUACUGCUACUAGACUCAAAAACGAGAUUUAA